GUUGAGCUACACCGGAGUGGAAAACCUGACUCAUUCUGAGAUGGAGCGUCUAAGGUAAAUUUGAUGUCACAACGCAGCAGGAAGAGUCUACCGACUGAGCACAUCUUCACUAAACGCUUGGCAUGGCUUUAUCGUACAUUUGUAUCAUCUGUGCACUCCUGCCAUACGUCGAUUCGAGAAUUCUCACAGUGGAUCGUGUUCCUGAGAUUCUACCCUAUGAACUGAUAGCCAGGCUAACUAGCUCCACUUUUGUGCUGAGCCAGCCCCUGUGUUACUUCAACGAACAGCCACAGCUUCCUUGCACUGAUAACACUUGUGAAAUAUGGUCAGUCAUUGCUUCUGGUCCAGGUGUCCACAACUUCGACUUGGACAAGGUCAGGGAGGGGUCACAGAUUCUCAGCUCCUCGCCAUACCCUGACGCCUUUGUGAGUGAGGUGCCCAAGCGGUAUUUCAUCACCAAGCUGGGUGUCCCCAGGGACUUCCCCUGCGGCCAGGUGCCUGGGGUCAGGUACUUCAAAGUGGGGGCUGAUGGGAACUGCUCCACUACCAAUUGCAAUGGGAUCCUGCCUGCAGGAACCACUGUCAGAGUAAAGUAUAUACUUAUUGAUCCAGUGACAAGAGAAGUGGUCUCAGAGUCAAAAUGGUCCAACCCCAUUGUUCUUAUAUCACCCAGGGCCAUCUCCUCCAUGGAUGAGUCGACGUGGAAGCGCUCUGCCGCCAUGGUCGUCGUCACCGUCGUCCCCUCCUGCACGCUGGCCGUGCUGCUGCUGCUGCUGGCGGCGCUGCUGCUGCUAGACUGCUCGGGAUCUGUUUGGCAAAAGCAAGACAUCACCAUAAAUGCUGUCCCAGCAUCCUUCAGGACCAGAAGUAACAGCACAAAUACUGGAAUCUACACCCAAACAUUUGGCCAUACACUCCGUCCUCGUCGAAUUUGAGACCAUCUAUAUGCAUCUAUAUCCAUCCAAGAUGGACACAGGCCUUUCUCACCUUUACAAAGAGAGAGGUGGCAUUUAAUAAUAAUCAAAACUGAUGAUGAACCACAUGUAUUAAGCACCUUUCAUGGAUCUCAGAGCACUUUAUAUUGAGAGAGUGACUCUCUUCAACCACCACCAAUUUGUACCCCCUGCCUGAGUGAUGCAUGACAGUCAUUUUGCAUCAUACCUACCAGCACACUUUAGUUGAGGUACAAGUGCUUACUUAGCCAUGUAUUCAUUUCAAUUGUCUAUUAAUGCCUGCUAUUCCUUGUAAUUUUUUUAUUCUUUAAUUAUGCCCAUGACGUUUGAAAAAUAAAUUGAU